AUGUGGACACAUCUAUGUUGUAUUCUAAUCGCGUUCAUUCUUUUUUGGACACAAGAAUUUAGUUAUGCAAAAUGGUCAAUUGAUAAGUUUUCAUCUUCAAAAUCAAACCAUCGACAAGCGGAAGAGCAUUUAUGCAUAUUCGAUUGUGAAUUUACUAUACCUUUCGAUGCUCCUAUGCUCAUACCGACAAAUUGCCGACAGGAGUCAACAACAAACGCGUGUGAAAUUGAUGUUAAAAUAGAACUUAGCUUAAAUUACACGGUAUUUACUUUCCCACAAAACACCAUCAGUUUAAUCAUCAACGAAGAACCUAUUGAUAGCUACUCAAUAGAUCUAGUCGAUUUCUAUUUUGCUGAAAAGUUAAUUGCAUAUUCGCUGGCAUACAAAUGCUCCUAUGGUGAUCAAUGUGAAUGGAAUUAUGUUCAAAAUAAACUUCAAGGUAUAAUCAAUCAAGAUUAUCAAACAUUGUUUGAUUCUUUAUCACCAUUGAUUUAUAAUGAUAAACCUGAAUCGAAUGUCACCCACUGUUACUCGCUCGAUGAACCAGUUGACUGUCAAAGUGGCGUUUGCGACUUUACACAAGCACUCGACACUGAAACGUUCCAGCUAGUGAAUAUUCGAGAAUGUCUAAUUUUCAGCGAACCAAAAAUUAUCUUCGGUCAGUAUCGAAUUUCACCCGAUCCAGUAAAUUUCACACACGAUUAUUUAUAUUUUGCAUGUAACAUCAAUGAAUGUAAUAGUCAUGCAAAUGAACUUACCGUCAAAGAUUUGAUCAAAUUUACCUAUCAAAGUUCGGUUGCGACAAUGUAUAAACACUAUGUAUAUCCUAUUUUAACUUUCUAUUUCAUUCUAUCGUGUCUGUAA